GAUUGUUCCAACCCAAGAGAACUUAUUCUUUGAUGGACUACGAUUACCUUCACAACAAUGAUUCAGAGAUUGCCGACACCGUAGACGACCAGGUUUCGUCCGAUAAGCCCCGCAUUCUUUUGAUGGGCUUGCAGAGGAGCGGGAAGUCAAGUAUACAGCGCGUUGUAUUUGGAAAGAUGCCACCGAACGACACCCUCUAUCUAGAAAGCACCAUCAAAAUCCAAAAAGAAGACAUCACACGUUCGUUUAUCGAUUUUCAAAUCUGGGAUUUCCCUGGUCAGGUCAAUUACUUUGAUAUGACUUAUGAUUCUCAAGAGAUAUUUGGAACAGUAGGAGCCUUGAUCUUUGUAAUUGAUGCACAGGAUGAUUAUGGAGAAGCACUUCACAGAUUGUUUUAUACUGUUACUGGUGCAUUCAGAGUGAAUCCAAGCAUUACAUUUGAGGUAUUGAUUCACAAGGUAGAUGGUCUUUCGGAUGACUACAAGAUUGAUACUCAAAGAGAUAUCCAACAACGCAUGGGAGAUGCUCUGGCUGAUGCACAGAUGGAACACAUUCACCUCACUUACUAUCUCACCAGUAUAUAUGACCAUUCGAUUUAUGAAGCAUUUAGUAAAAUCAUUCAGAAAUUGAUCCGUGAAUUACCAACUCUUGAGAAUCUUCUCAACGUACUGUGUUCGAACUCUGGUAUCGACAAGGCAUAUUUGUUUGAUACUCUGACAAAGAUUUAUAUUGCCACCGAUAGUUCUCCUGUUGAUAUGCCUUCUUAUGAACUCUGCAGUGACAUGAUUGAUGUUGUGAUUGAUAUCGAAUGUAUCUAUGGUGUGGCGGAUAGAACACAGAGUUCAAGUCCAGAGAUUGGCAUGGAUGAUACUCGAUUGGAUGGUCGGGAAUUGAUGCAGUCUCCAACUUCUGGGGGAUCAAGUAUGGAUAGAGGGUCAAGAGGUGGUGGUGCUUCAGAAGGUAGUAGUUCAGAUGCGGCCCAGCACAAUCGAGCACCCUCGCCUAUGGAAGCAGAGGCGUCAAGUCUGAUUAAACUUGACAAUGGAGAUGUUCUGUACAUGAGAGAAGUCAAUAGGUUGCUCGUUCUAAUCUGUCUAUUGCGACAAGAUAACUUUGAAAAGCAUGGAUUGAUCGAUUACAAUUUCCAGUGCUUCAAGGAAGCAGUAACGGAAGUAUUUGAGUUUUCACAAAAGAGAAAUACCCAACAACGCCAGCUCAGUGUGACAGAUGGCCAAGAAUCUCAAAGCACAUAAAAAAAAGUAUCAAAAUAAUAAAAAUAAUAAUAAUAAAAAAAAAUAGGCAAACG